UUUGGCAAAAGCAGCAACACAACAAGAAGCCUUCGCCUCCGAUCUCUCCCUCACCCGCUGCCGGUGUCAACAUAUAUGUUCAGAUUCCUAUCGUCACUUUUUCUCCCAAUUUUCAUUUCUGUAUCAAUCUUUACUGUCCUUCUUCUCUCCGUCCACUUCUCCGUCUGUGUAUACACCUACUCUCUCUGUAUCCGCAAUCGGCCUGUAUCUGCCUGUCGCCGCAACCCAGCAAUUUGAAAGGUCAAAUCCGUUUUCCGGCAAGUCAACCGGCGAGGAAUCUUCGGUUCCGAUUUGCAUUUUGCUGGAGUGGUGUAUUGGGACGGAAUCUGGAUGGUUGUGGCGGUUAUGCUGGUGGUAGCGGAUAGGACCUAGGGUUUGGGCGGAAUAAAAAAAGUUUUAAGGUUUUAAGGUGUUUAGGGAAAUUUUUUUAGUGAAAUUACAGUUAUGCCUCGGAGUUCUAAGAGUAAAUCGCAUAAGCCGAGUAAGCAUUCGAAGGAGGCGAGGGAGUACUCCGACUCGGAGGAGGAUGUGAAGAUGAAGGAGAGUUCGUCUAGGGUUUCUAAGGAUUUGGCUUCUGGUGAGAAGCGGAAGCUUUCGUCGCAGUCGAGAGAGGGGAGAGAGAGCAAAGAUCUGAGUGGUUAUGGGAAUGGGGAUGCUCCGGAGGAGUACCUUUCGACGAAGCGGCGGAAGGAGAAGGGCGAAGGAAGUGGUGGCGGUGAUAGGUGGAAUGGCGGUGUGGAUGAGAGUGGCGAUGGUCGGCAUGCAGCGGAGAAAGAGAGCAAGGCAGGAAGUUCAAAAACUGAUCAAGAGAAGGGAUUGAAGCAGAAGGAAGCAAAAGGUUAUGGUGAUUCGAAGAGUAAAAGUAGUAAAAGGCAUGAGAGUGGCGGUGGAAGUGAGAUUGUACUGUCUGGAGUGGAGAAAGAAGAGGCUAAGAGUGGCAAGGGUGAGUCUAAGAAGAAAUCAGAAACUGAUUCCGUUCGGAAAGAGGGCAAGGAUUUGAAGGAAAAGGAGCAUGGAUCAGAAAGGGAGAGGAAGCAGGAUAGUAAACGUGAAACUGAAGUAAGAGGCUACAGUGGAGACACAGAAAAGAAGAUAUGGUCUCAGUCAGGAGAUGAGGAGAAGCAGAGCAAGCGCAGUAAAGAAAAUACUGAUCGAUCAAUACGGAGUGAGGUGCGCAAUUCUGAUCAAGAUAGAGAUGCUGAGAAAAAGAUGCGGAAGAGAAGGGAUGGUUCUGGUGAUCGAGAUAAGUACGAAGAUGAUAUACUUGAAAGUGAUGAGAAGCGGUUGCCUUCAAGAGGUGGUGACCGCAGUAAAGAUGAAAGAUACAGAGAUGCAAAGUAUAAAGAUGGUGGCUAUGGAGAUAAGUAUCGGGAAGAUGGUGAUAGAGAUGAGAGGCACAAGGAAGAGAAGUAUGAAGCUGAGAAAGACAGGAGACGGCGUGAAGAUAAAUACCGUGGUGAUGGUUACGGUAGAGAUAACAGGCGGAGAGAUGAUAAGUACAGUGAAGAUGGUGACAGAGACAACAGAUAUAGGGAAGAUAAAUAUUACCAGCAUGAAGAUAGAGAUAACAGACACAAGGAGUACCGAGAAGAAGUAGAGCGAGAUAGUAGGCAUCGAGAUGACAAGUAUCGUGAAGAUAGUGAGAGGGAUGACAGGCUUCGAGAUGAUAAAUAUCUAGACGAUGGAGACAAGGAUGUUAAGCGUCGUGAAGAUAGAUAUCGUGAAGAAGGUGAGAAGGAUGAUAGGCAGAGGGACAAUAAGUAUAGAGAAGAUGGUGAAAGAGAUAAUAGGCGCAAGGAAGAGAAACAUCGAGACGAUUUUGAAAGAGAUGGUAGACACCGUGAUGGGAAGCAUGGAGAAGAAUCUGAUAGAGAGAAAAGGCCGAGGGAUACAAAGUACACAGAUGAUCACAACCAAAGAGACCGCUCAGGAGAUAGAUCUGAUUCUAAGCGUUUGAAGGAUGAGAGUCAUGCUGCAGAUAUUCAUUCUAGGAAAGGAGGCAUACGUGAGAACAGCCCCAAUUAUGAUGAUCGGGCAUCUAGGUACAAAGAUGACCAGGGAAGGAGAAGAACUGAUGAUAAGGAGGAUCGCACCGACAUUAGAUUUCAAAGUUCCAAAGAUCAAUAUGAUGCUGAGAAGCGGUCUGGAACUGUUCCUAGAGUGGACUCAAUUGCUGACCGAGGGAAAUCUUCCUCAAGGAAUACUGAUUUAGAGAGAAGUUCAAACCAUAACAGAAGAAGAAGUUCACCUAGUACUGGCCCUUACACCACAAGAGACCAUUUCAGGCAAUCGAAGCAAGAAGAUUCAAAGUAUAGGGACCAUGCUUAUGAUGAAAGAGGUCGGCGCAAUAGAGAUUAUUCUGGAUCUGUUGGAGCAAUGGAUAAAAUAUCUUCAACUCGAUCUGCAGAGAAAAUUAUUCAAAAGGAUGACGGCUAUGUAGGGGAUGGUUCAGCUGAAUGGCGUCUGAAAUCUGAUUCCCGCACCACUUCACUGCAGGUGGUGGAUAAAUCCCCUUCAUCAACAAGCAAUGAUCGUAGGCAUCUAAGUAGAUCUGAAGUUAAGCGGAGUCUUGAUGCUGAAGAUUUAGCGCUGAGAAGUGGCUCAAAGGAUUUCUCUGGCAAGGAAGGCAGAGGAAAUCGUGAUAUAGAGAUGCUUGGAGGAGAUGAGCUUUCCCAUGCUGAUGGGGACACUUUAUCUGUUUCUUCCCCUUUUGCCAGAGGCAGCCAUUUAUCAGGCAGCACAAGGUCACUGUUGCCUCCCCCUCUCCCUUUUAGACCAGGUGUUGAUAGUCCUUCAGUGUUAGGCUCUUCUGAAGAUGAUUGCAGAGGCAAGCCAGGCAGCCGUCAUAGAAGGGGUAGUGAGUCAAAUGUUGGACGAUUCCAAGGAAAUUCUUGGAGAGGGGUCCCAAAUUGGCCUUCCCCUGUUGCUAAUGGUUUCAUCUUUCAACAUGGUCCAGCUCAUGUCAGUUUCCCACCCGUGAUGCAACAGUUUCCUGCCCCACCAAUGUUUGGUGUCAGGCCAUCAAUGGAAUUGAAUCACCCUGGACUGCCUUACCAUAUUCCGGAUGCUGAUAGGUUUUCUAGCCACGGUCGUCCUCUUGGGUGGCGAACUCCAAUGGACAGUUCUUGUGCUCCAUUUCAUACUUGGGAUUCUAAUAGUGCUGUCCUUGGUGACGAAGCUAACCUGUAUGGGAGGCCAGAAUGGGACCAGUAUAGGAACAUGCCAAUGAAUCGGAGCUGGGACACUAGUGAUAUGUGGAAGGGGCCAAACAGGAGUGCUAGUGUGGAGUUGCCAUCGGCUUCCCACAAAGAGGCUCAUUCAGCACAGGGCCCAGGAGAUGAAUCUUUGACUGGCCAAUCAGCUCAACAAGCUCAGAGUGAGCAAAGGCAUGCUGAUCUUGAGGCUGAGAGCAAGGCUAUUAGUCAGUCAAGUGAUGCUGUUGAGAAGAAUACAUCAGAAGAUUUGAAAAUUAUACCUGAAGAACCAUGUAGUGAUUCGAAGUUGUCAAAAAAGGAGGACACCUGUCUUUACCGUGUUUACCUCUCCAAACUUGAGAUUUCUGCGGAUCUUACUGAACCUGAUUUGUAUGAACAAUGCACAAGCCUUUUACUUCCAGAUCAAAACAUGGUUGCUGAUAUUGAUGAUUCCAAAAUAUUGUAUCUGGAGCAGCCUGUAGAAGGUAAGGCGCCAAGCAAAUUUUCAAGUACUUCACUUUUUGCAGCUGCAAAUGAAUCUGUUUUUCAGAAAGCCAUUUCUCUCUACAAGCAGGAGAGGGAGGAUGUUAAAGUGAUAAAUGGUGAGAGAUGCUCAGUUGCAAAUAUACAAAAUGAAUCCAUUGUAGCACCUGAUAAAGGAAAAGUCUUUUCUGAAGAUUGUGUGGUUGAGAAGGUGGGUUCAGUCGGUGGACUUGAUGCCCAGGAAAUGCAUCCUAGUUCUCAUGAUGGUAUGCUGCCAGAUAGUCCUCAGAAAGUAGAGGGGUCCCCAAUAUUGACCGAUCAUCAGAUAGAUGACCCCAUGGUUGAGGACAUAGUAGAGAAACCAGAACAACCUAUUCCUGCAAUGGAAAGAGAAAGCAUGGAGAUGGAUGUGAUUUCAAAUCUAGCAGAGGAGAAUGCUGUUCUGGAGCUGAGCAAGUCUCCUGCAAAAGUUGAAGGAUCUUAUGAGGCUGUGCCUGAUGACUUGACUACAACAAGCAAUGCUUUAGACGACAAUCACUCUCCCGAUGGCAACGGGGAGAUGAAGUUGGUUGAUGCUAAAUGUGGUCCUUUGCUUUGUCCUGAUGAGGCUUUUGAGGUAGUGGUGCCUAUUGAAUCUGGGUCAGUAAUCUUAAGUCGGAUACAUCAUUCUCCUGAAAGUACACAUUGAGACAAUUUAUUUUUCCAUUUAGUUUUUGGAAAUGCAUCUAUUUGAUCCUCUCUGUGCUUGUGGUUUAUCAUAGCUAAUCAAUAAAACUGUUGAGCUCU